CCACCCCAAGCCCCGCCACUUGGCAGCGGCCUGGGUCGUACUUCCCAACACAGUUCCCUCUGCCACAGGCAGGCCCCGCGCGCCUGGGCCCGGGCCCCCACUUCUCCCCUAGGGGAGCUGGGUGGCCAAGGCCCGGCCCAGGGGAUGACUGAGGAGAGGCGGCAUUCUCCCCAGCGAGACUGUACAGAGGACCAGGACUUGCCGCAUCCGCCUACGCCAGUGGCCGAGGCUGCGGGCAGGACCCUCACCCUGAUGCCGGUAGUGAAGGUUGAGAAGGAGCCCCCCGCGUGUGAGCCCUCUGGGGGCCUCAGCGAGCUGGGGGAGCCGGUGACGAAGGCCAGCGGCGGCGGCGGCGGGCGCCGGAGGAAGCGGCCUUUGCAGCGAGGCAAGCCCCCUUACAGCUACAUCGCGCUUAUCGCCAUGGCCAUCGCGCACGCCCCAGAUAGGAAGCUGACCCUGGGUGGCAUUUACAAGUUCAUCACGGAGCGCUUCCCUUUCUACAGGGACAACCCUAAAAAGUGGCAGAACAGUAUCCGUCACAACCUCACCCUCAAUGAUUGUUUUAUCAAAAUUCCCCGAGAGCCAGGUCGCCCUGGCAAGGGCAACUACUGGGCAUUGGACCCCAACGCCGAGGACAUGUUCGAGAGCGGCAGUUUUCUGCGCCGGAGGAAGAGGUUCAAGCGCACGGACCUCUCCACCUACCCAGCUUACAUGCACGACGCAGCGGCUGCUGCCGCCGCGGCAGCGGCUGCGGGCAUGUUCCCCAGCUCCGUGCCAGUGGCGCGCCCUCCCUACCCAGGCUCCGUGUAUCCCAACGUGGCGGCCGCCAUGAGCCCAGCGGGCUAUGGCCAAACUCUGGGCCCCCACUCCUCCGUCUACUACCCGGCUUCGUCUCCCGGCCAAUGCCGGGUAUUCAGUAUCAACAGCCUGGUGCACGGUCCUGGAGACCUCCUGCAACAGCAGCCUGCUCCUCCGCCCGCGCUCGGACGCCCGCUUAGCCCCGACCUCAGCCAGGCGCCCUCGGUAGCCGCGGGCUCCUGCUCCUUCGGAGCCUCGGCUGCGGCGGCUGCCGCCUCCUAUAACAAUCCAGCGUGCAGCGGGGGAAGCGGAGGGGGCGGUGGAGCCGGGCCCGCGGGGGUGCUGCCUAGGCCCUCCAACCCCAUGGCCUAUACUUACCCGGUUCCCAACGGCCACUUGCCUAUGAACCAUGGAUCUUACCCUCAGGGAAACAGCAGCCAGCUGUUUGGGGCGUCCGGUCGGCUGGCAAUGUCCACCUCCCCCCCGGGGGCCAACGACCCCGUGGACUUCUACGGCCGCAUGUCCCCUGGCCAGAUCAGUUCGCUGGCACACAGCUACAACCCAGGCGGGCAACUCGGGGCCGGCCCCAAUGCCUACCACGUCCGGCACUCUGCCUACUCCAGCAACGUGGAAAGGUUCGUGUCGGCCAUGUGAAAAAAGAAGUCCCCCCCCCCCCAACUCAUCCCCACCCCAAUCAAGCACCAAGGAAAACUGGGACCGCACAGAUCUCCCACCCGACAAGGCAAAAGGUGCCGGGGUGGCCAGGCCCGAGCGCUGGGGGUGUCGCGGGCCAGGCGGGAAGGAGAAAUAACCCAAAGUGUGCAAUAGGGAGAAAAAACGGUUGUGGGUCUGUGUGUUGGGAUGACGAGUACUUGAGGGCGAGAGGGGGAAGGGGUCAGAGCCAUUUGUACAGAGAGUCACUGCCUUGCCACGUUGGGGAAGGUCAGGGCCUCGAUUGACGAUUGCCCCCCUAGUAUCUCGCCCUCGCGCAGUGCCCAGUUAGUUACAUUUUAAUAUGCUCUAUUACUAUUCCUGUACCCUCAAUGGUACAGACUGCUUUCAUAGGGCUCUUCGAAGGACGAAAUACUCAGGGUGCUCUUCGUAAAUGAGGGCAAAAGGCGUGGGGUGCAGGGAGAAUCCGGCCGCAACUGGAAAGGGAUCAGACACUGGGGCCAACCCUCGAUGUUUUCCAGUUGCCCGUUUGCUUGGAGAGCUGACCCCUGGGGAGGCUGUUGGUCACUAGACUUCUCAGGAGCGUCUGUCGAAGGGAGACUUGUUGCCUGUUACUUUGUUUUGUUUUGUUUUGUUUAAUGGUUUUCUUGCCUUCUUACCCAGGUGGUUUGUGUCUUGAAUUCGCUCCCGCAAACAAACAAUUGGCUACUUCCUUCAAACUUUCUUUGUAUACCCCGGACCACGGGCGUUUUUAUACCGUGUCUGCUCCUCGUGGCUUUAACAUUGUAAUAAACAUCUCUGA